AUGGCGGAAGCCAGCUUGGAGUGGGCUGAUAAGCCCGACGCCGAUCUCGUGCAGUCGUCGGAUGAGGAGGGCAUUCUUCAAACUCCUAUCACUGCCCCUAAUGAGCAAAAAGGUGCUGCAAAACAAAAUCUCACAUUGGCUUUGGGGAAGUUGCGCUUGGAGCAAGAGGACUUGAACAAUCCAUCUGAACCGGACACAACUCCACCUACUGCCCGCACCGAAGGCCCGAAUCAGACAUCCCCAGAACUUGCAAUGGCCCGUAAGCCUCUCCAGCUGCUGGAUUUGCCUUUGGAUGUUUUGAAAGAGAUUAUGAAGGAGGUGACGCAUACAACUGAUCUGACCUCACUCGCCCUCACAUGCUCUACUCUUCAUUCACUAGCCAUCCCAGUCAUGUACUCGCGCUUCGAUAUUGUCUGGCCCGAGUCGCUGAAUCCGUUAACAGAUGACUACACGGGGGUCGAUGCGCUGUCCUAUGGCUUAUCCACCUUAGUCAUGGGAGAGGAUGUAUUCAAUAGACAACCAUUGCCCCGGCCAAACUGCGAUACGAAAUGUGUGAACUGUGGUUGCGACAAUCCCCAUCACCGGGUGCACUCGGAUCCUGCGAGUAGCGGAGUUGGAUUGCGGUCGCGACGAGGCAAUCAUUAUGCACAAUAUACCCGCACAUUCUCUAUUGGAAAUGGACCGCUCAGCUGGGUACAAGAAUACUCGGUAACCAAAGAAGUGGGGAAAAUGCUAGGGACGCUGGUCGCUUUGGCAGUUGCCCGCAUGGUAAACCUUGAAGCCUUUGUUUGGGACAUGCCGACUGGAGUGGUUCGUGAAAUCUGGCUAGCACUGGCAUCAUUGGCACAUCGACCAGGACACGAAUGUCGCCUGGAGCGCAUUUGGGUGCGAUGGCAUGACAAUAGUGAGAAUGAUUUGCGCAACUCGUUAGACGUGUCAACGAGACCGCUCCAGAAGUACAAACAUGUGGAACAUCCUUCAUUGUCAGUACUGCCUCCGCUCAAAAGUGUCACUGUUCUCGAUAUAGACGAGCCCGCAUAUGUGGAGGAGCUGGCACUUCUGAUUGAGCGAUCGCGUCACCGUUUGACUGAACUCCGAAUUGGCAUCGCAGAACGCGCUCUUUUGAGUGGGUGGUUACAGUGUACCAAAGCCGCCAACCCCUUAGAGAGUUGGCCUAGAGCCGAUGGUCUCGCUGGCAUCUUGAAAUGUUCAAGCAACAAGCAUGACGAUCGUACAACUGCCUCUCCCGAGACUUCGGUAAAUGUCGCCUCCAGGUCGCCAAGCUAUAGUGAGAGAGCCGAUGCACCGAGUUCAAUUGAUGAACAUCAGCCUUUGAGUGACUCCAAGGACAAUAAGUCCCCGCCAACCUCUAGUUUGUCUAACAGUGGUGGCCAGUCACCCCUGCCUUCUCACGAAUCUGACCGUGACUUGCUCCGCCUCAAAGUAUUUGAGCUGGAACGCGUGCCUCUUUCUGUGCCCACACUUAUACCCACUAUUGACUGGACCGGCCUGACUACCCUCACCAUCAUGCUGUGCGAGGAUCAUGACAAGCUUUGGAGGGCUCUUCGUCGCAAGUAUACCCCUCCUUCAAUGCCGGCCAAGGGCGCUCGUAAAACAGACAGCCAAGAGAGCGCUAGCUCAACCGAUUACUUCUUAAAUCUGAAACACAUCCGUACUGACGCUGUUUCGCCCUAUCUCAUACUUUUUAUCAAGGAUGCGCUGGCUCCGAAUACCCUGGAGAGUGUUUAUUUGCAUGAAGCCCCAGGUCACGAAUCUACUGUGUCGAUCGACGCUAUCUACAGACAUAUAUUGCGAAGACACAGGCAAAGUCUGCGCAAAGUUCUAAUUGACGCCACGGAUCGAUCAACCGGGGCGAGAUAUUCCGGUACACGAUGGCACAAGUGGAUGUUUACCCACGAAAUGAUAUCAUUUGUCUCGAGUGGAAAGAUGCCGCUGCUGAAGGAGCUGGGAAUGGCGAUGCAUUAUCGCGACUGGGUAGGAGAUCCACUGCCGUUUGAUUUCACCGAGACUUCAGCUAAUAUAAUAUUGCAGCAUUUCUUCCUACAGAGGUUGCCCAAUAUGCGCCAGCUUCACGCUUUGUAUCUACCGCAGAUCCAUCAUACCAUCCAUCGUGAUUUCAAAGAACUGGCACUACAGAUUCUGGACAUCGUCAGCAUCCGUCCAGAACUCAAAAUUGCCUACAUUGGUCUUCACGUCAAAUGCUAUCAGAUCCUCGAAGCCAGACAUGACGACAACCCAGGAGACUUCGAUGACAACCCCACGACCGAUUAUUUCCCGGCGCUCAGCGACGACGAGGACGAAGGAUGGGCCAAUCCCAGCAACGAAUCUGAUGAGGACAGCGGUGAAGGCGAUGAUGACCAGGGGACAGCUGACACAGACCUGCUCUCCAGUGAUCGGGACGAUUACGACAGCGAACCGGACGAGGAACAGGGCGCUUCGCGAAUUCGCUACCGAUUGCAAGAGAUCCUGUUUUACGACGAGAAGGUGGCCAUUUUCAAGGCUCGCCAUGGUGUUCUAUAA